AUGCUGACCACCUUUGAUACUCCAGCACCAGCAGAGGUCAGAGGAGCCACGGGGAACCACACCACUGUCACCGAGUUUGUCCUCUUGGGGCUCUCAGAUGCCUGUGAGCUACAGAUGCUCAUCUUCCUGGGGUUCCUCCUGACCUACCUCCUCAUACUGCUGGGGAACAUCCUCAUCGUGGCCAUCACCCUUCUGGACAGACGCCUCCACACCCCCAUGUACUACUUCCUCCGUAACUUUGCUGUCCUGGAGAUCUGGUUCACCUCGGUCAUCUUCCCCAAGAUGCUGACCAACAUCCUCACAGGACACAAGACCAUCUCCAAGACAGGUUGUUUUCUUCAGUUUUUCCUCUAUUUCUCCCUUGGCACUACAGAAUUUUUCCUGUUGGCAGUGAUGUCCUUUGACAGGUAUGUGGCCAUCUGUAACCCCUUGCGUUAUGCCACCAUCAUGAGCAAAAGGGUUUGUGUCCAGCUAGUGCUCUGCUCCUGGAUGACAGGUUUCCUUCUCAUCUCUGUUCCGAGUUACAUCACAUUUCAGCAGCCUUUCUGUGGCCCCAAUAUCAUCAAUCAUUUCUUCUGUGACAACUUUCCACUCCUAGAACUCGUAUGUGCAGAUACAAGUCUGAUGGAGCUUCUGGGGUUUGUGAUAGCCAACUUCAGUCUCCUGGGCACUCUGGUUGUGACGACCACCUGCUAUGGCCACAUCCUCCACACCAUCCUACACAUCCCCUCAGCCAAGGAGAGGCACAGAGCCUUCUCAACCUGCUCCUCCCACAUCAUUGUGGUGUCUCUCUUCUAUGGCAGCUGCAUCUUCAUGUAUGUCCGGUCAGGCAAGGGUGGGCAGGGGGAAGACCAGAACAAGGUGGUGGCGUUGCUCAACACCAUGGUGACCCCGACACUCAACCCCUUCAUCUACACCCUGAGGAACAAACAGGUGAAGCAGAUAUUUAGGGAGCAGGUGAACAAGCUCCUCUCACAAAGUUGA